CAGGUGUUUUAUACGUACAUAUUUGCUUUACUAUCGCUCCUCCACCAAACAAGCUUCUCGACGUUAAGCUGCAUUUCAUAACUUCGCCGCUGUACGAGCACCAACGUUCUUCUCACGACACUUGCACCAUAGCUUGCCCCAGAUACAAUUUUAGAUAUGCCGGACAUAGAUCCAACGACACUGAGCCGGCCCGGCCCCCUUUCACAAUCAGGCGCAACGCCGACCUUGUCUACCAAGUCUCUAUCAGGAACCAAUCUGGCCGGGUCAGCUUCAGGUUCAUCACAAAAGCAGGGAAAGGGUCAAAUGGCUACGAAUGCGGGUACUGGCGCCCCGGGAGCGCCAAGGAUAGAGCUAGAGCCGCUCUAUACCGGACUUAAAGCAGCGGUAGGGGAUCACUGGGCGGACUAUAAAGAGGCUAUUGGCCUCUUCAUGUUAGGUCAACUCAACCAGGCCGAACUGUCAACCCGCAUAGACUACUACAUCACCACAGACCCAUUAAAGGAACAUUUACACAACCAAUUGCUCAACGCCAUCUAUGGAAACAUAUCACGAGAACCACCUGAUACUACUGUUGCGGGUUGGGUAUCAGCAAAUGACAAACCGUCAAACGUGUCGAAGCCAUUAACUGGAGAUGGGGCUGAACAUCGUCUCAAGACGGAGAUUAUGCAGCUGCCACCGAGAGAUCGAAGAAGAUUGAAGCUUAUUCCGGAGUCUGAUAAUUAUAUUUCAAAUUCGAACAUGCUCGCGGAAUAUCACCAAGCGAAACAGAUUAAGCUUCCCGAGAUUGUACCUACGAGCGCGGGAGGUCUAAACACAACUAACUGGGACCUCGAAAUCCACAAACGGUACUCACAACCACUUGCCAGCGAAACGUUUGAAUUUCCGGAACCAUCUUCAAUCGCUCUGCGCAUGACGCCCAUUUGCUACGAAGAAGGCCUUUCGAAUGGCGCAUCUAACACGCAAGAAUGCGCAAGCUACCUUUCAAUCGCAACAGAGGUAUUUGUAAAAGAAAUCCUUAACAGCAUAUUCGGGCGCACGCGCUGCAACGGUCCCCAGUACAUCAUGACCGCACGAUAUAAGCGACAGCUCGAACGCGAAGAGGAACUCUGGCUGCGUGGAGACAUUAAGCGCGACGCGAAUGGACUCUUGCCAGUUGAAAGAGACAAUGCAGGCAGCGGGGGUGGCGUCAGCAUGGGCGAUCUACAGCUCGCCUUGGAAAUGGGCGGGUUUGGAAUGGGUAUGAUGCCUCUCGUCGUCGAGAAGAUUGUAGCAGGAUACAUGGACGGCGAGCUAGAAGAAGAAGAGGACCGAAGAACCAGAGCCAAGACGGCAAGGACUCUGGCAGCAAAAAAGCGUGCCCCUCGCGUUGGUCCUCCUGGUGGCCCUGGCGUACCUCCCGCCACCGCAAGGCCGCCAAAUGGAGAUGGAGUAGACGCCAAGCCUGCCACAAGAGCAGAAAAUAUCCGCCAAGAAUAUGAUCUCAUGGAAAUUGACGACGAUGAUCCAUGGUGGCGCACAUCCAAUGGCGUUCCUAAUACCACCACCUUGGGAACAACAACUGCCGCAAAUAGCGAAGACAUCCUGCCCGGGCCUGUUGACGAAUGGAUUCCACCCGCAAUUGCAGAAGACGCUGCAGAUGACGACUGGGGAUGGGAAGGUGGUGGUGCGGGAGACAGACUUACGUUAGGCAACCUGCUCGAUGAUUGCCUGGCCGUAGGGCAAUGACCUUUGCACACUCCUCCCACUUGAAGCCAUGCCAGAGCUCCCAUUCUCAGCGCCGCAACUCGCCCCUUGCCAUCUCGUCUUUUCUUCUCUGCAGCUCAAAUUUUUUCUGCACAUUCUCGAUACCCUCUUUGCAUCUCGCAUCUCGCGUCUCGCGUCUCGCGUCUCGCG